CGCUUCCGCUGCUCCCAAAAACGCCAUCGCGCCCGCCCGCGCCACCCACCACCCACCAAGAACGACCCCCAGCAGGAGCUCACCACUCCCUUGUUGCCGCCGCCUCCCUUCCCGUCCCGUCUUUCCCUCGAUGGCCCUGCAGGUCGCCGGCGGCGCGCCCCACCACCUCGGCGUUCCGCGGCGGCGGCAGCGUUGCGCGGCGCUCCGGCCGCCGCGCGUGGCGUCCGAGAGCGCGGCGAAGCCGGUGGAGGAGGACGGGAGCAACAAGGCGGUCCUUGGCGGGUCCGGCGUCGCGGUGACCAAGCUCGGCAUCGGGGCCUGGUCGUGGGGCGACACCACCUACUGGAACGACUUCCAGUGGGACGACAGGAAACUCAAGGCAGCUAAAGGCGCAUUCGAUGCGAGCGUCGAUAGUGGAAUUACCUUCUUUGACACUGCAGAAGUGUAUGGUGCAGGGGUAUCAGGAGCGAUAAACUCUGAAAGUUUACUAGGGAGAUUUAUUAAGGAAAGGCAACAAAAAGAAAAGGUCGAGGUGGCCAUCGCAACAAAGUUUGCAGCUCUUCCAUGGAGGUUUGGCCGGGGAAGUGUUCUUGCUGCGUUGAAGGGCUCACUUUCCCGCCUUGGCGUCUCCUCUGUUGAGUCGUACCAACUUCACUGGCCUGGGAUAUGGGGUAAUGAAGGUUACCUUGACGGCCUUGCUGAUGCUUAUGAGCAAGGUCUUGUAAAAUCUGUUGGAGUCUCAAACUACAGCGAGAAACGUCUGCGGGAUGCUUACGACCGCCUCAAGCAAAGGGGAGUUCCACUCGCUUCAAACCAAGUAAACUACAGUCUGAUAUACAGGAACCCUGAGGAAAAUGGGGUGAAGGCAGCUUGUGAUGAACUUGGCAUCACUUUGAUUGCAUAUUCCCCAAUUGCCCAAGGAGCUUUGACAGGAAAAUACACGCCAGAAAAUCCCCCGACCGGGCCUCGUGGACGGAUAUACACUCCUGAAUUCCUGACCAAGCUCCAACCACUCAUCAACAAGAUCAAGGAGAUCGGAGGAAGCUACGACAAGACCCCAACUCAGGUGGUUCUGAACUGGCUGAUGUGCCAGGGGAACGUGGUGCCGAUCCCGGGGGCGAAGAACGCGGAGCAGGCGAGGGAGUUCGCCGGAGCGCUGGGGUGGAGCCUGACCGGCGACGAGGUGGAGGAGAUGAGAUCCAUGGCGCGGGAGGUCAAGCCGGUCAUGGGGUUCCCCGUCGAGAGGCUGUAAAACAACAAUCUGCAGCCAGUUUGUGGCUCAUCAAGAUAUAUCUAUAGUACAGCAUUGAUCUAGGCACAUACAGUACAUAUAUAUAUAUAGGAGAUUAGUUACGUGAAAAAUUCGAGUUAAAAUUGUAAAAAAGGAGAAUAUAUAUAUAUAUAUAUAUAUAUAUAUAUAUAAUAAUGUGGAUCAAAGUUCAAAAACUGGGCCGAUCUUGAUUCUCA